AAUAAGCGUCCGUACAUCCAAGCCUAGCCUCGGGAAGAGUCGCUGUUAGUAACAGCGAAAGUGAAAAAAAAAAUUAAAAGUCCAAAGUCGCUGUUAGUAACAGCGACUUAAAAAAAAAAUUAAAACCCCAAAGUCGCUGUUAGUAACAGCGACUUAAAAAAAAAAUUUUUUUUUUUUUUAAGUCGCUGUUAGUAACAGCGACUUAAUGCUUUUUAUAUUUUUUUGCACAAUUGAUUUAAUCUUACUAAACAAUAAUUAUCAUAAAAAUUAAUUGAUUUGGUGUGCUGGAUAAAUUGCAGAAGUUUUAUCUCGGGUAAUUGCAGAAGUUUCAAAUUUAUUUUUAGUUCCUUUAGUAAAACUGUAAAACACAAAUUAAGAUUCUUGAGCAGUGCUACUAAACUGAUAACUGAUGAUUUUUUCUAUUACCAGUUGUCGAUCUAGUCUUAAUAAUGUCAGUGAACCCUGGGUUUGGCGGACAAAGCUUCAUUGAGAGCCAAGUCAAUAAAAUCUCUGACCUGAGAAGAAUGUGUGCAGAAAAGGGAGUGAACCCAUGGAUUGAGGUUGAUGGUGGAGUUGGUCCAGCAAAUGCAUACAAGGUUAUUGAGGCUGGUGCCAAUGCUUUAGUUGCUGGUUCUGCGGUCUUUGGAGCUAAAGAUUAUGCUGAAGCUAUCCAAGGGAUCAAAACAAGCAAAAGGCCUUAAAAAGUUGCGAUUUCAGGUUCUAAGUGUACAAGUUUGUUGAAAAUCAAGGUAAUGAAGUCCAUAUACUUUUCCACUGGUAUGUUCCUUCACUCUCGUCCUUCAAAAAUUCUAACAUGAGAAUUGAGAUCUUUGCGGUUGAUGAAGUAAUCAAUUGUGCAAAAGAAUAUAAAACGCAUUAAGUCGCUGUUACUAACAGCGACUUUGGGGUUUUAAUUUUUUUUUUUUAAGUCGCUGUUACUAACAGCGACUUUGGGCUUUUAAUUUUUUUUUUUUCACUUUUGCUGUUACUAACAGCAACUCUUCCCGAGGCUAGGCUUGAAUGUACAGACGCUUAUUUUGGGAAAUAAGUUUUCACGGAGUUUAUUUUUGGAAUUAAGUUGUUAAAUAAUCUUAUUUUUUUCAAAUAUUCUAUCAUGAACAAGUUAAAAGUACAAUUUUUGUGAAUAUUUUUAUUCAUUAAUUUUUCCAUAAGUUAUUUAUAAUUUAUAUCUACAAAAAACUUAACUAAAGAACAGAAACAUCUAAAUUAUGGAAGGAUCAUUAAAAAAUAAGUCUAGAUAUAAACAAAUCAAUGUAUUGACUAAUUUUAAUUCCUAAAAGACGUCUAGUAUUAUUUUGAUUUGUUUACCAUCUCAAUAAAAGAUUAAUAUAGACAUUUUUUACGUUACAAUAUGAGUGCUUGCGUGUUGAAGACAAAGUCGAAUAGAUGAAGACUCGGUGCUUGCUUGUGUCGAAAAGAAGCUUUUCGAGAUCACAAAUAGUUGUAUGAGACAAUUUCAUCGAGAAACACGCCUUAUAUAUGGGUUAAUAAUCCAUUUAUACAUACUUUGAGAAUAUAAACUCUUUACUUAAAGUCAUCUAACUAAAAGUUUAUCUCUUAUAAGAAUAGCUUUUUUCUACUAGGUUUUUUUCCUUGGGCUAAUUCGUAUUAACUAGAUAAAUAGUUCCUAUUAAUUAGAUAAAAUUGAUCGGUUAGGUUAAAUCCAAUGCGUCAUAGAUUUAUUAUUAUAUUAUUCUGGUCAUUAUAAAUAGGUAAAAAUAAUAUGUAAGUUUUUCGUUAAAUUUGCAAAAUUAAUUAUAAGUCAUAAUUGAGCAAUAUUAAGCUCAAAUAAUAAAAAUUAACCAUAAAGUAGUGGAUUAUAACUCAAAAAUAUUAAUGUAAAAAUCAAACUCCUAACUUUAGAAAAACAGAUUGAUUAGCCGAGUUAUAUCAAAAUUUGAUGGGUCUAAGUGUUGCCAUAUUAAAUAAUUUGAAACAUUUGUACAAAUUAUAUAAUUAGACUACAUUCUAUGAGCGGGAGCAACUGGAUCGGAUGAUGACCAUGAUAUAAUUAGACCACAUGAAACAUAGUACUAUAUUAGAUUAAAGAUAUGAAUAUAUAAAGUCUACUAAAAAAAAAAGAUUAAAGAUAUAAAGAUACACAAUGAUUGUUGCAAAUAGCUCUAACACCAUAUUAAGAAUAUUUGUUCAUCCCACAUUUAUCCAUCUCAUAUUUGUCCAUUUCCAACUGAGAGAAAACUCUAUUAUUAAAAUUAUCAUUUUUGAUUAAUUCUCCUUUGCAAUGAUUGAAUCUCAAAUAAUCAACGGCCCGUUUGGUUGAUGGUAAUGAAGUAAUGAGAAUGAAAUGUUGUACUGGCAAUAGUAAUGAAAGAAUGCAUAUGAGAAUUGGUAAUAAAAAUUCUUUUGUUUGGUGUGCAUGACUAAAGAAUGGUAAUGGAAGAUAAUAUUCCAUUGAUUGCAUUUGGUUGUUAGUAAUAAAAAUGGUAAUGACUCUUAGUUUCAUUAUUGUAUAUUUGUAUCUAAAAGCAUUAUUGUAUCUAAAUUAUUCUACCUAAUGAUUCUUUUUUAAUAAUAAUAUUUUUUUAGAUAAUUAUAUACAUUACCUUUUUUUCUUCAUUAUUUUUUUUCUUCAGCUCGAAACAACAUUACCUUAAUU